CUGCAAAACCAAAAUUAGCGGUUAACUAUAUUCCCCAAAAACCAUGACUUCAACAAACUUCAUUCUUCAUCUCUAUCCAAAGCCCUCACCCCACUCUCUCCUCCACCGCCCUACUCAAUCCCCGAUCAAUACCCGCCGCAUCUCCCGCUCCCCACUCUCCGUCAAAUGCCAAGCCGUCGGAGAACAGCCGGAAUCAACCGCCGUCUAUCCAGGUGUCUACGGCCCCUGGAAAGUCGAAUCUUCCGAUGUCCAGGAAGUGGUUCUCUACAGAUCGGGGCUGGUCGCGGCUGCCUCCUCGUUCGUGGCUGCGUCGUCGGCGGCGUUCCUGCACAACACUGAUUCGGGAUUGUCUGAGUUGAUCGGGAGGAAUUUGGAUUUGUUCUACGGCGUAGGAGCUUGUGGAUUGGGGCUGUCGCUCUACUUGAUUCACAUAUACGUUACGGAGAUCAAGCGCACUCUGCAGGCGCUGUGGGCGGUCGGUGCCCUUGGUUCGUUAGCAGCUUACGCCGCCUUAGCUCAGCCGGCGGGGAAGAGUUUGGUGGAGUACGUCGUUGAGAAUCCUACGGCUGUGUGGUUUGUUGGUCCCCUGUUUGCGGCUCUGACUGGUCUCGUCUUCAAGGAAGGCCUUUGCUAUGGCAAAUUGGAAGCUGGUACAUUGACAUUUAUCAUUCCAUCUGUUCUACUUGGGCAUCUGACUGGUUUGAUGGAUGAAGGAACAAAACUCACUCUGUUGGGCGUGUGGAUGGCACUCUUUGUGGUUUUUGCGGGAAGAAAGUUCACCCAGCCUAUCAAGGUAGACGAUAUAGGAGAUAAAUCAGUCUUCAUUUUCAAUGCAUUGCCAGAAGAGGAGAAGGAAGCUCUGAUUAGAAGGCUCAAGGAGCAGGACAAUCAGCUGGAUCUCAAUUAGGUAGGCGACUAAUGUUGUCAAAAUAGGAAACUACACUCUGUAAACUAAUUUGAAAAACAUGUUAUCUGAAAUUACAAAUCCUGUUGAUAUAUGUUUUGCAUUUGCUUUAUAUCCAGAAUCCAGUGGUUUCAUGUC